AUGGCAAGAACUAGUAUACAAAACCUGACUCUCGAGCAUCUAUUGGAGACAGGCUUAAGCGAGGGCGAUGCUCAGGUGCUCCUUCAAAGGCUUGCCUGCCCCCCUGCCUCUAAAAGAGAAUCACAGAUUGCAACUUGGGACUGGAUAUCUAGGGAGUUAUUGUGUCCAGAGCACCCCUUCAAGCUACAUCAAUUGCUCUUUUCUGUCACUUAUCUGGACUGGGAUGCGAGGAGGGGCCCUCCAAUUGUGUGGAAGCCAACAGAGGAUGAAGCGAAGCGCACGAACAUUGGGACAUUGAUCGUUAAACACGAGGAGCGCCUUUCUGCACUUGGCGCAUCUACGUAUGAUGGCCUCCUGCAGCUGUCCAACUCACACCCUGAGGUCUACUGGCCCCUUGUGUUUGAGGAGCUUGGAAUCAGAUUCCACAAGCCCCCCACAAAGGUCCUUGAGUCCAACUCCUACGGAGGAACGUGGCUAAGAGGCGCUGAGCUGAACGUUGCGGAGUGCUGCCUUGUCCGGGGUCAGGAUAUCAUGGCUGAGGUGGCGCUGAUCUGGCGAGACGAAGGAAACGACGAAGCGCCUCUUCAGACAAUGACGUUGGGUGCGUUGCGGGCGGAAGCCAGCUGUUUAGCAAACUCUCUCCUGGCGGCUGGUUUCCAAACUGGAGACGCCAUCGCUAUCGACAUGCCUAUGAACCAGUUCGCAGUCAUAGCGUAUCUUGGAACGAUCCUAGCGGGCUGCGUAGUCGUAUCCAUUGCGGACAGCUUCGCGCCGUCCGAGAUCGCAACGCGCCUGCGGCUGUCCGAAGCAAAGGGCAUAUUCACACAGGACGUCAUCAUUCGCGGCAGCAAGUCAAUACCCCUGUACAGCCGGGUGACCGAAGCCGGUGCACCCCGAGCAAUCGUUCUGCCAGCGGCAUCGGACGGUCGGUUGAGCGUUGAGCUGCGAAACGGAGACCUGACCUGGGGGGCGUUUCUGGAAGGGGGCAGAAGGGUCGCCGCGAAUCCUGGGGUCUUCGAGGCGCGCUCGUGCCCGGCGGAGGCGACCACCAACAUCCUGUUCUCGUCCGGAACGACAGGCGACCCAAAAGCCAUCCCUUGGACUCAUGUGACGCCCCUCAAAGCGGGUGCGGACGCCUGGGCCCAUCAGGACGUCCGAAAAGGUGACGUCGUUGCGUGGCCCACCAACCUGGGCUGGAUGAUGGGCCCCUGGCUUAUCUACGCUGCGCUGCUCAACGGUGCUGCGAUCGCCCUCUACAACGGAGCGCCGGGGGGGCGAGGGUUCGCCAAGUUUGUGCAGGACGCGAAGGUGACCAUGUUGGGGCUGGUGCCUAGUAUCGCUAAGGCGUGGAGAAGCGGGGAGUGUGUAAAGGGCCUUGGUUGGAGCCACGUCAGGUGCUUCAGUUCGAGCGGGGAGGCGUCGAACGCGGACGACUACCUAUGGCUGACGUCACGCGUGCGUGGCUACCGGCCCGUCAUCGAGUACUGCGGCGGGACCGAGAUCGGCGGCGGGUUCGUCACGGGGUCGAUGCUGCAGCCGCAGGCGCUUUCGGCGUUCAGCACUCCGGCAAUGGGAUGUACCGUAGUUAUCCUGGAUGAGAAUCAACGGCCGUACCCGUCGGGCCAGCCGUGCGUGGGCGAGUGCGCGCUUCUCCCGCCCAUGCUCGGCGCUUCCACCCGGCUGCUGAACGCGGACCACCACAAAGUAUAUUUCAAGGGGAUGCCCCGGUUGCAUAAUGGUCGGGUUUUGCGGCGACACGGGGACGAGAUGGAGCGGCUGCCCGGGGGGUUCUACCGGGCGCAUGGCCGGGUAGACGAUACGAUGAACUUGGGGGGUAUCAAAGUCAGCUCCGUCGAGAUCGAGCGUGUCUGCAAUGCGGCAGACCUUGCGAUCCUGGAGACUGCCGCGAUCGGCAUCCCGCCGCCCGAUGGAGGACCCGAGCAGCUGCUCAUCGUUGCUGUCCUUAAAGACGGCCACGUGGCAGACACUGUUUCGUUGACCAAGAAGCUAACAUCAGCAGUUGCCAAGAAUCUUAACCCGCUGUUUAGAGUGAGUAGGCUCGCCAUAGCGCCGGUCCUGCCUAGGACUGCGUCAAACAAGAUCAUGCGACGUAUCCUUCGAGAUCAGUAUGGUUCGUCAAAGAAGAACAAUAUUGCUAGUGGUAGAGCCAAGCUCUAGGGAUUGGAACAAUGGGCCGUCGGGACUCAAGUAAAGCGCCUACAUACACUCGGUGUGUUGAGUGUAGACUCAUCGGAGAUUUUGAGGGGAGCGAGCCAAAUGCAAGGAACCUUACGGUUGCAUGGAGUCCGACUUGAAGUCAAACUGAGGCAUGGUAGGUUACGUCCGUAGGAGUUGCCAUUGUUGCUCGUAAGGUGUCAUGCAAGCCUGAACCCGAUUGACCCCUACAUCAUCAUUGAUUCAAAUGCAAAGCAAUGUGAAACCUGGACGUCACCAAGCUGACGUCCAAAAUAUGAC